AUGUCCAGCACUAUUCCUCGCGAUGUUCGUGAAUUCUUGGACGAUUAUCCCGAUAAUCCAGACGACUCAUCGUCAUCCUCAAACCUGCUCUUCUACACGAACAAAUUGCGCUGCCGUCCAGACAAUCUUUACAUAGACGAUGUUCACGAGCAAUGGCGAGGGGAUUACACGAAACUAGAGUACAAGCACGGAUUCAUUCAGUGGUUAUUCCCCAUACCUGAACAUGGAAUGAACUACGAGGCUCAACCACUUCAACGCCAUGAAGCCGAAACGAUGAAGGCCAAUGCCUCUGUGAUCGAACGUGUCAUUCGCUCAUACAGGCUUAUGCUCGAUUUCUAUGGUAUGCGUUUAGAGGACGAUGAGACAGGUCUCAUUGCCCGUUGUUCGCAAAAUUACAAAGAGCGGUACAGGAAUCUUACCCUCCCUCCGGUCGUCGUUCAGGUUCUGGAAGCCGGCUACCCACUGCUAUACGUCGGAGUAGCAGUCGGUGCUUUAGUGAUUUAUGACCAUGUCAUAACUCUAGCCUUAGAAAUCCAGCUGAUUUGGAGAUGCAAGGCGACCGGGGCGACACUUAUCUUUUUCUUGAAUCGCUAUCUUCUCUUCAUAUAUGCAAUGUCUUCGAUCCUCAAUGUUAUCAAUUGGUCCACGAAUGUUGUAAGUUGCCGGUUCAUUCAUAAUACCUCAUGCGCAAAAACUGACCAACUUAGAGCAUUGCUCUAUAAUUUCGCAAACAUUGCGUUGCCCCUGAUUGUCGCAGUGUUCUCCGCCCUUCGAGUCUAUGCGCUUGCGCAUACGUCUUCGAUGCGCCUUGUGGUUGCUCUAGCUACUCUUCUCCUAGGAGUUGUACCUUCCGGUGCUAAUCUGUACUACUAUACACAGCAAUCGUAUCCGGUUGUCGUUGUGCUGGGCAACAAUACAGCAUGCAAUUACACGAGCAAUUAUUCCCUCAUUCUGUACAAAAAUUCUUACUCUCCAAACGUUAGCUUGACUAUUAUUGCGAGAACAUGCGCACUCGUAUCUGACCUACUCGUUCUCAUUGUGACCUGGCUCAAGACGUUCAAGUUCUAUGUACGGUCAAAGUCCUCGGGCGUCGAAACACCUUUCUUUGAGCUUCUUCUUAAGGAUGGCACCUUGUACUUCAUGGUAAUGCUGGUUCUGAAUAUUCUCGAGAUCAUCCUAAACUCCAGAUAUGAUACUAGUGAAACGCAAGCUGCUGGCAAUUAUGCCAUCUAUUUUCUUACCCCACUGUCCUCCAUCCUAGUCUCCCGGUUUAUCUUGAACCUGCGCCAUCUCUCCGUCGCUAGCAGCGGUGUCGGCGAUUCGUUGUCUCAAUCUGCAUCAGACUCGCUAGAACCCGAUAUGGAUUUCGCCGUGGGCUACAUCACUGGCCAUCUGGGAGUGACCCUGGAUCACACCCAACUAGAAACAGAAGACAGUGGGACAGAUCGUUUCGAAUCUAUAGACUUGAAAGAACUGCAAAAGGAGGGGGACGCGGUGAUCACUGAAGUUUCGGUUGGUUCGAGAGAUAUACCAGUGUGA